AUUACUUGCCAACCCCCACCUUUUAUAAGGGUUUAUGAAGUAUAUGUGGCUGAAAGGCAACGAUUACACCGACCUUUAUCCAAUCUGGGCAUGUCAGGGUUAACCUGACAGGGUAUUCAGUAAAAAUAUAAAUCACCACAUAAUAUACAGAGGGGGCAAUUGAUGUUGAGUUGCUUGUGCUGAAUAUCACCGUGUUGUGCGUUGCCGUUUCCCACAGCUCCAUGAUGAAUCUGGGUCAAUGUUUUAGACUUGCAGCUUCACCAGCUCUUCACCUCUCUCUUUCUUUCUCUCUCUCUUCCUUCAUUUUUGAAACCCUCCCUGCAGCCACUUUUCACCCUGAGGAGCGGCCAAGAGGGCACAAGAGUGGAGAGUGGCCAUCGCUGGUGGAAUCCAUGCUCCAACAAGGAGUUAAAGCUUGCCCAUAAAAAAAGCCCUGGUGAAAGGAGGCACCUGCUAGACCAGUAACGUUAGCGAUGGGAUGAACCAGAUGAUUCUGCUUCAAUCAAAUUUAAACAAGAUCUUUGAAGGGAUGAAUAAUUGCUAGAAAAUCUUUGCAUACUGAGAAGUCCCUCAAUCCUUCAGUGCAAGAACCCAAGGGAUCACUAUCGUAACAACUCUACGACCACAGGCAGCAAGGCAUUGAACAUCAUUGAACAAAUGUUUGAAACAGAUUUCGCGGUUUGAGAACGGCCUACAAAGAAUAAUAUUUUCUCACAAAAAAAGCAACACAUAUUUCCCUUUGUGCAGCACACAUCAAAUUAAAUGACUGGGUUUUGUAAUAAAUUCAUUGUCAGCUUCCUGUGCUGUAUACGAGUUGGCCAGUGCUUAUCGUUGCUGCACAUACAACAGGAACUCCAGCUGCACCUUCCUUAACUGUACAACCACUGAGGGAACAGGGGGACAGGAAUUAAUACAGGGCACAACAUUAUAUAGAAAGAAUCAGACUGCUUUUGUGUGAGAGACUCGAGACCAUUUGGCUAUAAAGAUGUGUAGCUUAAUUUCUGCACCAAUCCAAACAUCGGUUGUUGAAGAGUUCUGGUUUUGUUCUGUGCUGGUACACUUCCACCCUGGAACCAAGGCUCUCUGUUGAGAGAGUUAAGAGAUCCCUGCUUUCAGCCUACUCGGCAUCUCUGAGCAGAAGCAAAAGCCAUUGCCAUAGGAACCUGCAGGAAACAAUGGACGGGGACCAGCUUUGUAGGACGAAGGAGAAGGUGUUGAACUUUCCUGGUAUUGGGAAUUGUGCUCCGGGCUCUCUUCAAGAACAGCACAGUUACAAAAAUGGUUUGUUGGGUUUGUGUCUGCGCCCACAGGUGACUGACGAUGCAUGCAAUGGGAAAACAAUGCUGAAAUCUAUACCAAUUUCUACUUUGAAACACAAUGGGCUUCUACAAUCUCUUACAGCUGGAGGGGGUGAGCGGACACAUGAUGCAGAGGUGACUCUGAAGAUGUUGCAGGCAGAGGCAGAAUGGGAAGCUUUGGAAACAGCACAAAGAGAAUUACCAUUGGAGGAACGGGAAGGUCCGACUGACGCCACAGGAUGCACUCUGCUCAUCUCCUUUAACGAGGCUCUUCAGCAUUUUCAAACAGCGGAUCUCUACGAGUACAGGAAGAACAUCCAGCCAAUUGUACGUAGGACCGGGUUUUCUGCCAUCACCCAUUUUCUUUUUGGUCCUCCACGGUUGCACAAGGAGUUACAGGAAGAACGGGAUCUGGUAUUUGCCAUUGCCCAGUGUUCCCUGGACAACAAUCAGAAAGUUCACAUUCGAGUUUUGCAGACAAUUUACAAAAAACUGACGGGGGCAAAAUUUGACUCUGCAAGAUAUGGCACACACUGGGAACAACUAGGAUUUCAAGGUGAAGAUCCAGGGACUGACCUGCGUGGGACCGGGUUCCUUGGCCUGAUGCACACUUUAUAUAUGGUGAUGGACCUGCAGACUCUACCUUUGGCUCGUGACAUCUACAAACUGUCACACCAUCCGACACAAAAUUUCCCUUUCUGUCUGAUGUCCAUUAAUAUCACCAGAAUCGCUAUCCAGGCUCUGAGGGAAGAAUGUCUAUCCAAAGAAUGUAAUCGAAGACAGCAAGUGAUUGCAGUCCUGAAUGAUUUCUACGUGGCAGCAUUCCUGCAUCUUUAUCAGAUUUGGAAAACACAGCACAAAACCAUCAGUGAUUCAGGAUUUGUUCUUAAAGAGGUUGAAACGUUUGCCAAAAAGAAUCCAAAGCAACUGCUGAAAAAGUUGGAAACAUACUUGAUGGAGCGUCAGAAUGGGAUGGUCCUACUCACGGACAAAGUGUCCCUCAGUGCUAACCACGCUGGGAUGAGGCUAAAACCCACGUCGGCUGCAAACACCAAAGAGAUUAAUUUUAUGGGCGUGUGUGAGCUGGAGCCAGAGCCAGAGUCUGAGGGUGAGGUGCGGCUAAUCUGAAACUAGGUGUGAGUGAUUGGGAAAGAUAAUCGGCAUCACCACAUGGCAGGGAUGUGACAUCUGAAGGUUUCACGACUAUGGCAUGCACUACUCAUGUACUGGACAUUAUGCAAUGCUGGCAUUAAACAUACACAACAACGUAA